CGGCCAUCGACUGCACUCGCCAGGCGAGUUUCACUGAGGAAGGUUUGCAGAGCGUGUGCUAACCGGACACAAUAACAACCUCAAAAUGCCUAGCAAAGAGGAGUUGUGUUUCCUAUCAGAAGCCAAGGCAACCACCACACAAGACUUUCUAUCCAGAGACAUUGAUGAUUUAGUGUUAGAAAUUAAAGAAAACUUGAGAUUAAAGUCUCGACCGGCGCACUUAAGUGGUGGAAAGGCACGGACACGAGCGUCACCGUACAGUGUCCCAUCCCGGACUGAAAGCAAAUGUGGUUGUUGUGACGGUCGACGAUGUAUCCGACGGGGGAUUGCGACCAGAAGAAGUUCUGACGACCCAUAUGAAGCUCUUCAAGAAUUAUUGAAGGAUGGUGACCUCAUCAAAGAAGCAGUACGUAGGCUUCAACUUGGACUGUCGCCUAAACAACGGGUGUAUUAUGACUCAGACGAACUCAGAACACCGCCUUACCCCUUUGACCAUAUAGAGGUUUGAUCGAGUCUAGUUACUAGUGCUGCCACGUCUCCCCCGCCUUUGGACCAUGUAGGUUUGUACCUGCCAUCACCAAGUGUUACCAAUAACACUAAGUCGCUCAUGUGAGUGUGUGUGUGGAAUGCCUUGCGCGAGGAGCUGGAGUCU